AUGUCUCAAAAGCACCCCGAGUCGCCUCCUUUCUUCGACUUCAUAGUGACCCCAGAAGCCUUGCAAGCUCCUGCGAGCAAGGAUUGCGGAGUUCGAACUACCACGUCUCCCGCCAUCAAAAAUGCCCCGUUGCCUGCAGAUGGCCCCGGCAAUGACUCGUGGUCCAAUACUCUACUUCUAUUCCUGUUGACCUCCAUUCCGUGGUUCAUAUCCUACUGUCUGGGUGGCGGUCUAUACGUCACCGUACUCGUCGCGCUAUGCACUGCUAUCCCAAUCCUCAUGGCUUUCUGGACAAUCUUCUCUUCCAUGUCUCCCCGAAUGAACGAAAAAGCAAAGCUUCCGGGUCGGCCUGUGGAGCAUUACAUCCAUUUCCACAGGGAAAGCGAUCGCGCCAGAUACAGCGGUAGCAAGAAAAUCCCCAUCGAAGUAUUCUACGAAAAGUACUUUAGAUGCGAGGUGGAAUUCAAGAACGGGGACUGUCUAGAGAGUCUCGAAUACCGACACGAUUGGGCAAGCUUCAGUUUCUCCUGGGGCGUAUUCCGCCACUUUUUGCUGGGGUUUGUUCCCGAGCUUCUUGUUCAUUCCCGCUCUCAAGACGAGGAACAGGUGAGCGGCAAUUACGACCGAGGCGACGACUUCUACGCGUGGUUCCUCGGCCCUCGCAUGAUCUACACUUCUGGUAUCAUCGGCGACAUCAACCAGGAGGAAUCCCUCGAAGACCUUCAAGAUAACAAAUUAACGGCUGUCUGUGAGAAGAUUGGCCUGCAACCGGGAGAUUCUAUGUUGGACAUUGGCUGUGGAUGGGGAACUCUGGCUACUUUUGCCAGCGUUCAUUACAAGGCCCAUGUCACUGGCGUAACCCUUGGCCGCAACCAGACAAAAUGGGGCAACACGACUCUUCAAAAUGCCGGUAUCCCCGAGUCUCAGAGUAGGAUACUUCGCAUGGACUACCGUGACUCACCUCGUAACCCAGGAGGAUACAAGAGAAUCACCAGUCUGGAGAUGUCGGAACAUGUGGGCAUUCGCCAUUUCCGUGGAUUUUUGAGACAAGUUCAUGAUAUGUUGGAUGAUGACGGUGUCUUCUAUUUGCAAUACUCUGGUCUACGCAAGUACUGGCAGUACGAGGAUUUGAUCUGGGGCCUGUUCAUGAACAAAUAUGUGUUCCCUGGUGCAGAUGCAAGCACGCCCCUUGGCUGGGUUGUGGAUCAGCUCGAAGCAACCGGCUUUGAAGUCAAGGGUAUUGAUACCGUGGGUGUGCACUAUUCUGCAACUCUUUGGCGCUGGUAUCGCAACUGGCUUGGCAAUCGCGAGAAGGUGGAGGCCACUUACGGGCCGAAAUGGUAUCGGAAUAUCAAUUCUACUCAUCGUGUGGAGGGCAUUCCCAGCCAAUUUGGCAUUUCGGGUGCCAUUCGAUCGGCCGUUGAGAAAAUGGGCAAGAUGCCUCGAGCAUUUAUUCCUUAG